GAGAUGUCUCACAUCCUGUGCUCGGGAUGGCUCAUCAAAUCACCGCCUGAGCAUAAAAUGAGCAGGAGUGUGAAGCUGCUCCGCUCUCAGUGGAAGAAACGGUUCUUUGUUUUGAGCCAGUCUGGCAGGACCAAUGACGCGUACGAGCUGAACUACUUCAAGGACAAGAAGGGAGGCAAGAAGAAAGGCUCCGUCAAUCUGACAUUCUGCAGUCAGGUCACCGAGGCAGCACACCCGGAGUUUUUCCCCAAUCUUCUGUCCGUGAAGACCCUGCACAAAAACAAGAUCAGGAAAUACUACCUGGCAGCGUCGACUCAGGGUGAGAUGAGAGAGUGGGUUCACUGGCUGUGCCUUGUAUGCGGACUGAACAUGACCCCGACCCCAAGUGAACCACCCACUCUCGAGAUGAACCCAGCACGGACCAAUUCGACAGCGCUUGACCUAUCCACUGGC